UAGCUCAGCUGGGAGUCCCUGACCCAACAGAGCCUUGGCCCACUCUGGCAAACCCAGACAGUCUCCAGACCUUUGCUAACCCAAGUGCCUGGGGGUGGUCCCCAGCUGGCCACGCCUUUCGGCUGCUUGGGGUCUAGGUUACCGCUUCCCCACAAGCAGCUGCAUCUCAGGGAUGCCAGAGGCUUUGUGCUUCUGUCAGAACUGAUACCUCCUCUGACCCACCUCUAGGAGGGAUGGGACUGCUGUCUCUCAAGCUAAGUAUGAGUCCUGAAAACCAUUUAUGGGGGUGGGGUUUUCCCAUCUUAGCUAACCUGAUCCUAAUGAUGAGCCUGUGGGGAAGAAGUAGGAAGCCAGGGAAAUUGAACUCUGGACCUGGCACAGACAGGAGCCAAUGCUAGGGCCCUCUGACUCUGCUUAGGGCCCCUGUACAGGCUGAAAUUUUCCCCUGAGCCUGUGGGGAGGUAGGCGGAGCUUCCUUAGGCCCAGCUCCAGUUUCUAUGGAAACCCACAGGCUUCCCACCCCCUGGCUGCUUGAGCAGGCUCCUAGCCUGGGCCGCCUCUUCUGCUCUGUCUGCUUCAGCCUUGGCCUCUCCAAGGUCCCUGUCUGUCCUCAUUCCUGAGGCCUUGGCCUCCUCACCAGGCCUCUGAUGUCUUCUAAAGGAACCUAGGCCUUUUCUUCCUUAAACAGCAGCUUCUCAGCUAACAGGCCUCGCUGACUACUGGCCCUCUCUCAGGCCUCUCUAGUCUCCUCACCACCUUGAGGCCGGGCCAGGGGAAAAUAACACACAGCAGCUUCCUGGGCCACUCCAGCCUCAUCUCCCCUCGCCUUGCCCAUGGAGAGCCCAGGACUGGUCGUGCAUGGACAGGCUGCGCCCUUUUCCACAGCGCUCCGAAGCCUUGUCAACAAUCCCCAAUUCAGUGAUGUCUGCUUUGUGGUUGGUCAAGAACGGCAGGAGGUAUUUGCCCACCAGUGCUUGUUGGCCUGUAGAUGCAACUUCUUCCAGAGACUUCUGGGCACAGAGUCGGGCCCUGAGGUGCCUAGACCUGUAGUACUGAGCACAGUGCCAGUGGAAGCCUUCUUGGCAGUGCUGGAGUUCCUGUAUACCAACAGUGUCAAGCUGUACCGCCACUCUGUAAGCACCCUGAGCAGGGGCUUGGGUGGGAAAGGCUGGGGUGCAGAAGUCUGCCUGCUAUACUGUGGUCCCUUGGGCAGGGGAAACUCCCUUCUGUUUCCCCAACCGCCCACUCUACAGGUGCUGGAAGUGCUGACUGCAGCUGUGGAAUAUGGGCUGGAGGAACUGCGAGAGCUGUGCCUGGAGUUUGUGGAGAAGGUGCUGGAUGUGGAGCUAGCUUGUGAGGCCCUGCAGGUGGCUGUCACCUUCGGCCUAGGGCCGCUGCGGGAGCGGUGUAUAGCUUUCAUAGAAGCCAAUAGCCAGGAGGCGCUACGGACCCACAGCUUCCUGGAGUUGUCGGCCGCUGCGCUGCUGCCUCUGCUGCAGAGCGACAAGCUCUGCGUGGACGAGGCUGAGCUAGUCCGGGCUGCCCGGAGCUGGGCGCGUGUGGGAGCGGCCGUGCUGGAGCGGCCGGUGGCAGAGGUGGCGGCCCCGGUGGUGCGAGAGCUGAGACUGGCUUUGCUGGCCCCGGCGGAACUCAGCGCCCUGGAAGAACAGAACCGGGGGGAGCCGCUUAUCCCGGUGAGGACGCGGGGCACCGGGGUCCGCUGCUGGCAGCGUGGCGGAGGGGAGCUGGAGGGCGUGAUUUGGCUCAGGGUUUUCGGGAAAACUGGCGCUGCAAGAAAUGCGGUGACCCCUUCUCUUCUAGGUGGAGCAAAUUGUGGAGGCGUGGAAGUGCCACGCCCUGCGUAGAGGAAACCCAGCCCAGGGCGCACAGUGCCGCCGCCGGAAGGGUACUCUGCCCCGGGAGCACCACCGAUUUCUGGGCCUGCCCUUCAGAUGACGCCAGGCCACAAUGUGCGAGGAAUUCUGAGGCAGUCUACACUACAACUCCCGACACGCUCUGUGCUUGCAGUGGGUUUCCGCUCCCGGCAUGCUUGGCGAGCCCCGGGCUGGAAGAAUCAUUCUCUGCCGGCUCUGAGCCGGCUGCUUGGGCGAGGCCUAGAGAGCGGUUCAGGGAGGGGACAGCGAGACCUGAAACCUAGGCUUCUUUCCCUCCACGCCCUCACUCUCCUAAAUGGUCUGCUCUCUUGACUCUCGGGUAUCUGUUCAGUUCAGCCUCCUUGUAGACCUGCUUCUUAGAGCUCUCUCCCUGAGUGCCCCCAGGCGGACAGGACAGUGCCAGAGUCCCUCAUCUUUCCUAAACUGUGCUUCCAUCCGGUCUGUCAUUUGCGUGGGUGCCCACGCCAGACACUUGGAGUUCAUCCUUGCCUCCCCCUUCUCUCACCUGCCUCAGGUCAUCUGUCUCCUGCGAGAGCUUCCCACUGGCCGGUGCCGCCCAGUCACAUCUGACUGGUCUUUCAGCGUCCACUCCAGCGCCCCCUCCAGUUAUUUCCAACACUGCAGCCUGCGCAUCCCUAACCUUAGCCUCUCUCCCUAAAUCCUUCAUUCCAUUUUACUUUUUUAUCUUUUGUGGUACGGGGAAUUGAAUUCUCAGCCUCGCGCUUGCCAGGCAGACGCUUAUGCCACUGAGCUAAAUAACUGCCCUUCCAUUUCACUUUUGGAUACUCCAAACUGCUGUGGCUCCUAAACAUUUAUUUAUUUAUUUAUUUAUUUUCUACUUGCUUUUGGUACUGGGAAUUGAACUCAGGACGUUGACCUUGCCAGGCAGGCGCUUAGAUUCCUAAACAUUUAGCAACUCUUUUUUUGAACUCUGCCUUUGCGCAAAUUUAUUCGUUUGAGACAUAUAGUCCUUCCAGUUCUGGAUUUUCUCUGUUACUGAAAAAAAAAAAAUUUGUUCUUUGAAACAGGGUCUCACCGUGUAGCCCACGCUGGCCUUGAAGUGCCCCUCCUUGUGUCAGCCUCUCAAAUACUAAGAUUACAGGUGUGCACCACCACACCACACUUGAAGACUUCUCUUGCUCCCUCUAUAACGUAUGAUCAUACACUUUGUCUUCCAGUAAACUUGAAUCUCCAAAAGAAAGAUCCCUGGAACCUGGGAUAGUGCCUUAUUUAUUUGUUUCUUCCAUCCCUGUCACAUAAUCCGUUUUUUAUUUUUUAAAUUUAUUUUAAUUAAAAAAAAUUUUUUUUGAGACUGGGUUUUGCUGUGUGGUUUUUCAGACUGGCCUUGAACUCAUUAUGUAGUCCAGGCUGAUCUAGAACUCAUGGUGAUCUUGCCUCAGCCUCCCAAGUGUGGGAUCACAAGCAUGGAGCCCAUACUACAUAAUCUGUUUUUAAAAUUUUGUUUUAUAAUUCAUUUUUAAAAGAUUGGGUGAAUGACUAUUUUCCCAUUUAAAUGUUACCUUAUUCCACAGUUAUUGUUUUACUUUUUUAAAAAAAAUAGUACUUUUGAAAAGCUUUUGAACUCUUCUCAACUAGUGAUUAUCCUCAUGUUCAGAUUACUAAACACUCGUCUAGGGCCAGGGUAUUAGUUCAGCAGCUCAAGUGCUUGCCUAGUAAGGUGAAAUUGUGAGUCUGAUCUCUGGUACCAAAAAAAGAAGAAAAAAAACACAUCUAAAAAUAGCAAAACAAAAGAAAAUAGAUGUCUCCUAAUAAACAAAAUGAGUAAACAUUUGGCUUCUUCGUUGAUAUUAAAUGAUUUGGUUCUAAAAAAAAAAGUGAUUUGGUUCUAAAAAUACUACAAAUAGUUGCAGUUAACUUUAGUUACACUAAAAUUUUUUUUAGCUCUCCAGUGUUCAGAGAGUCAACUUCCAUGGUAGACAUUAUACACAGAGCCUUGAGAGUCGUUCGCACAGAAAAUCACCUGAACUUAACUAAUCAAUGUACUGAUUAAAAAAUUAUCUGUGACCAAAAGCAUUGUCCUGUUUAUUAAACACCUAAUUAUAUUUAAAAAGCUGAGAAGCAGCUUGAGACGGUGGCCCUUACAGCUCUUGCUAUAAAAUAGUUGCCAGUCUGACAUGAGUGUCUGAAAAGAAUGACAGGAAUUAAAGGUUCUGCUUAAGUUCAAGGGAACUUUCUAGAAGCAAGUGGAGGGCCAAGAAUCUAUCUACCUGCUUGGUGGCAGCUCAUGAAGGGGAGAGGCCAAGAUUUGUUGAAUUCUUGUAAUACAGAGGAUGAGAUGAAGGAACAUCUGUGAUGUCAUCUCCCAGUGGGUUUCAAUGAGACAGCACUUCCGUGUAAGAAACGGGGUGAAGGGGCUGGGGAUUUAGCUCGGCGACAUAAGCACCUGCCUUGCAUGUGUGCAGUCAUGAGUUUGAUCUUGGCUCCUCCCCCCCAAAAAAGGAGGUGGGGCAGUGAAAGAUUUUCCAUCACUCUACUGUCACAUAUGGAAUUAACAUCCUAUGGGGGUGGCGAAACAACCAACUGCAAACAUGGAUUUCAUUGAACCAUUGAAAGAUCAUUGUUCUUCAGAUUUUAUUGUCUCUGUUUUAUAAAGCUAACUCUGCUAUUGUUUUCUUCUUUUCCAAUUUCUUACUCUGCUUUCCCAUUUCCACCUUCAGUGUUCAUACCUGUCUGUUCUGUAAACCAGGACCCAUGUAAUGCCCUGUACCAACUGCCUGCAUCCAGAGAUGAGAAUGUUGGAUGAGACUGGCUGCAAACAGAUGCUCAUCUCACACUUCGGUCCCUGCACUCCCACCCAAAGAGGGGAAGUGCUCAAGAGGCAGGAAGAGAUAAGUGUAAAGGACUUCAUCUGGAUUCUGUGACCACUGAGUCUGUUUUACUUUUUUAUUAAUCACAGGGUGAGCCUGGCAGGGUGGCAUAUGCCUGAAAUCCUAGCAUCUGAGAGGCUGAGAGUCAAGAGAAUCAGGAGUUUGAGAACUGUGUGGGCUACAUAGUGAGUUUAAGGCCAGCCAUGGAUGGCCACUAUAGUGGGGAGAUUUUGUCUCAAAAAACCCAAAAAAGCCAAAACAACAACAACAAAAAAGUAUUAAAAAAAAAAAAAAAAAGGGCUGGAGUUUUAGCUCAGUGGCAUAAGCGCCUGCCUGGCAAGUGCAAGGUUGUGAGUUCAAUCCCUGGUACCAGAAGAAAAAAAUGUUUAAAAAAACCCCCAAAAGAUCAGGCAUGAUGGUGGGUAUACCUGCAGUCCCAGCACUUGGAAAGCCGAGACAGGAGAAUCAUUACAAAUUCAAGGCCAGUUUGGCAAACAGUGAACUUAAGCUCAAUCUGCACUACAUGGGGAGAUCCUCUCAGGAAAACAACAACAAAAAAAAGCCUGGUGUGAUGGUGCACACUUGGAAUCCCAGCAUUCAAAUCUGAGCCAGGAGUAUUGCUAUGAUUUUGAGGCCAGCUGGGCUGUGGUUAAGUUCAAGCCUGGCCUGCACUACAUAGUGAGACCCUGUGUUUAAUUAAUUAAUUAAUUAAUAAAAAGCUUUUUUUUUUUUCAUUGUGGUGGCUCAUGAUACACAAUGGGGAUGCAUAUGGUUGUGAUGUUGGUUCAAUUAGCUGUCAACUAAAGAGGAAGGAGCCAGACUUUUGGUUUCCAAAUCACUGCUCUACAGAUGCUGUGGAAGGGCAAGACCUGAUCUUAUAGUAUAACAUCUACAGGGCUGGGGAUUUAUUUAUUUAUUUGUUUUUGUCUUUCUUGUUUUUAUCGGUACCAGGGAUCGAACUCACGACCCCACACCGCUGAGCUAAAUCUUCAGCCCCUAGGGCUGGGGAUGGGGCUGGGGAUCUAGCUCAGUGACACAAACGCCUGCCUGGCAACACAAGAUCUUGAGUUUGGUCCCUGCACAAUGUUGGCUCAAGUCCUGCAUUGGAUGUGUAAUUAUCUGAUGAUUCCUUCUGCCCUAGAAGACUUUGACAUUGGUUGUGGUAUGCUCAGGGUCAAAUGGGACCGGAUUGACCCCACUAGCAACAAUUCCACACUGUGGUUCUACAUCUUAAGACUAGUUACUUCGGCUUCACCUUGGAAAACAUCACAAAUCUGGCCCAAGAGGACAGGCCUGUUAUGAUUGGCUCUGCCAGUGCCCUUGGAGAGUAUGGGUUCCUGGCUCUGCAAAACUUUGAUAGGAGAUUCUCCUCCUGCUUUCUGGACUGGGCAGCCUUUGCAAUUAUGCUCUCCCCCUUCAUUGGGAUCCCUCUGCUUUUGUGACAGUUCAGCAAACCCAAGAAAAACUGAGUGAAGUUCUGUGCCCCCCUCUCCCAAGAAACUAGGUAUUUCCCAGAUUCCAGAGGGUCUUUCAAAUGUAAUCUCUUCAUCAUUGGCCCUUGGCCACCUCCUGGAUCCUGCUCUCAUCUAGAGUGAAGGACCAAACCUGGAAAUCUUUGGGAGCCUCCUUGGUUCCACCUUAAAGUCAUACAAACAGGGAUGCCUUUGGGCACAGCCUUCAACCCAGAGGGUCUCUGGGGCCCUGCUGAGGUGCUAUUGAUGUACUGCUAGCAACGUUUACCCUUGGGGGUGUAGAAGAGGCCUUUGGAGGCAGCCCAAGCCCACCCUACUUUGCCCCCCCCUUCCCCUCAGAAAGCAGUGGGACUCAGAGGCCACCCAGUGUCUGAGUAAACAAGUACUUACCAGAUAUCAAGGACCUGGCCAAGAUCUCCAAUCUCUCAAAUGAGUGUAUGGCAAAGGCUUAAAUAAAUGAGACAAGUAGUAUAAUUUUAGGGCUCCAGGAGAAUCAAAACCCUCUAACAGAGUUCGAGACUCUGGGGGCUGAGACAAAGAGGCAGCCCAUAUUUAUUAGGUUUUCAAACAAAGAGAGGGGAUACUGAGAAAAGCUUGGGAAUUGAGCAAGAACUUGGGAGUCACUUCAAAGGUUUCUCCAAGUAGUAAAUUAUGCCAAUUUAGGCGAACUGUCUCAUCUCCAUGAUGACAUUUAUGGUGAGAAUGAGACAGCAGGAGUGAGAUGCCCACAGGUGCAGUCUGCUUAAUUGGGGUUAUAGCCAGGUGUCCUCAGCUGAGGCCUUACCUUGCCCUUUGAGGUGUCUCUGGCAUCACAGGCCACUAUAGGUCCCAGCGAGGACCAGUGAUUCAUAGAGGUUCACUUAAUAUGAAUCUGCUGCCCAUGUUCAGAAAGGGGGUUUAGGCCUAGCACAGACUCACAGAUAAACACAGAAAGCCAAUUAGUAGUUUAUUUUAAUCCUGCUCAGAGCUGCUUUGUAGGGGUCUCCAUCAACCAAAACUGAUCUUCUAAUAAAAGCAAAUACCAUAGGGCUGAAGGUAUCGCUCAGUGGCACAGUGCCUGCCUGGAAAGCGUGAGAUCAUGAGUUCUAUUCCUGGUAACCAAAACCAAAACAAACAAAAAAUACCAUACAGACACAAAAAGCAGGCAUGGACUGGGCAUUUAGCAUUAAAGCCUGCAUAGCAAGUGCUAGAUCAUGAAUUUGAUCCCUGAUACAAAAAAAAAAACAAAACAAAACACACACAAAAAACCAGCCAGGCAUAGUGGUGCAUGCCUCUAAUUCCAGCACUCAGGAGGCUGAGGCAAGAUCACCACAAAUUGGAGGCCAGCCUGGACUACCUAGUGAGUUUAGGACCAGCCUGAGCUAUGCAAACAGAUCAUGUUUCAAAAACCCAAAUUAGGGGAUGUGGCAGACUGGUCUGGGAGUGAAACACCUUAGUAGAGUCAGGAUACUUGUGUUUAAAUCCCACCUUUGUCACUUAGUGCCUUUGUGACUUGUGUGCAACUAUUCCAUCAUUCUGUGCCUCAGUUUCAUUAUUUAUUUUGUGAUACCAGGGAUUGAACUCUGAGCCUUUCCCAUGUUAGACAAAUGUUCUACCACUAAUUUAUAUCCCAGUUCAGUUUUAUUAUUUAUAAAGUGUAUAUGAUAACAGAACCUAUUUAGUUGAAUGUCCAGCAACCUGGGAGGUUGAGCCAGGAAAAUCACAAGUCUGAGUACUUGGCAAACAAGCAAUUUAGUGAGACAGACCAAAAAAAAAGUACCUGUUUAAUUAGCAAAAUGAAGCUAGUUAAUUUUGUGAAGCUCUUUGAAUGCUGCUUGCAAUCUCAGCACUCUGAAAGCUGAGACAGGAGGAUCAGUUUGUAUUUGAGGCCAGGUUGGGUUACAAAAGUUUACACUAUAUGGUGAGGCCCUGUGUCAAAAAAACCAAAAAGAGGGGCCAAGGAUUUAGCUCGCAGCGAAGUGCCUAACAGGUACAAGGACCUGAGUUUGAUUCCUGGUCUCCCCUCAUCCCACAAAAAAUAAAAACACCAAAACAAAAAAUGAUCUCCCUAAAGUAACUGUAGAGAGUCAGAUUACUGAAUUUUGUUUAGAAAAUAACUGUAGGCUAAGGAAAUAGCUCAGUGGCAUAAGCACGUGCUUGUCAAGUGCAAGGUUUUGAUUUGAUUCCUACUACUGAAAAAAAAAAAAACCCAAAAAUCAAAUACAAGGACAACUAAAACUUUAAUUUUUUUAAAUGCUAAUUUACAACCAUGCUCCAUACAUUAACUUCAGCAUCAUGUAGUGUGUCAGAAUAACUCAAACAUACCUCACAAAGUUAAAAACCUAGGACUUACAAAAAUAAGCAGGUGUGCUGAAUUGAAGUCAGAUACUUUUCAUUACAAACACUAUGGGAAAGUUACUUUAAAACCCUUUCUUUACCUAUUAAGCAUAUCUGAAAACAAACUAUUCUGCAAACACUUGAACUUGUACAGCAGUGCUAAGGGGAAACCUGUUACUCUAUAUUGGUUAGCAGUGUGUACUAAAACUUAGUUUCUCCAUCAUAGAAGUCUUUAAAAAAAAAACUUACAAAAACUGGCAGUUUCCCACUGCCAAGUCCCAAAGAGAGAGAACCCUUAUUACUAUUAUGGUUGUUCAGUAUCUGACCGCCGCACGCCACCUGACUACACUUCAUGUAAGCGUAAAUUUUCCCUCCGCACCCCACUACUGCAGGACAAUACCUGCGGGAAUCGGUCUCAAGUAGUCAGAGUGAUCUUCUCGUGGUGCACUAUGGGUAUGCAAAUUAGGGCGGCCGGCGGCGGUUGGCUAAUCCCGGUUGUGGAGGUGUAGCUCUCUACUGCUCCUGCGUUCUGUGUGCUCGAGGUACCGGAGCUUCCCGCGGACCUUGUACCCAGUGUUUCCUCUCACCCGACCUGGGAGUGAGAAGUUACCGUUCCCAGUGGAAGGAGUCUCCUGGUCUUUCCUCGUCGGUGUGCAAGGAGGCAGAAACAAAAACCGUCAGGUGCAGUGCUCUGGGGCAGUGGACCUGGCUCCGACGGCGCAUCGCUAACAUACAAGCCUUGGAGCCCUGCCUCCAUUUAAUUAAAAAAUCA